GGCACACAAGAGCGUGACGUGAUUAUUUUACUGCGUUACCUGUUUUUAUUCGUUGACUCAUGCACUGAUCACCAUUCCUAUCUAUUUGAAUACGAUAUUUCUCACAAUAUUAAAUCUUGGCCCACCAAAAAUCUAGACUACGCACACAAAAUUUAGACAUGAAACCUGUUUUAUUCUAUUUUAUUGAAGUCAAUUAAAAUCUUUAGCUCGGUACAUAAGUCUCUUGAAAAUAAAGAGAUCUGCAUCUGUAAUUUAUCGUUUCGUGGCUUAGCGCAAUCGCACCAACUUUACAUUUAAAGCAGCAACCACAGGAAUGAAUGCGCAAUAAUUAGUUGCGCAGUAGUCUUCAGCUGGGUGUUCCCUCGUUCAUCAGGUCUGCCGUAGCGCCGGUGUAUCCUCGAACUAUACCCUAAUUUCUUCAAACACGCAUUGCUUUCAUUAUGGGAUUCGACUUGGAUGACUUAUUUCCUUGUCUCGAAGUUGUUUCCACUGUAGCGGCCGGCAUGUUUGUCGGCGGCGCGCUGUACAUCAACCUCGUGGAGCACCCGGCGAGAAUGACGAUUGCCGAUACCAAGUCUUGCCACAAGGAAUGGAUGGAGAGUUUUGAUCGAGCAAAGGUCCUUCAAAGUCGCUUGGCGCUGGUCUCCAUAGUGUCUGGAGCUGGAGCGUACUAUUGCAACCCAAAGAAAGGUCUGCCGUUCCUUGUCGGCGGGGGCCUAAUUGCAACGAUUUUUCCGUACACGCUGUUAGUGCUGAAGCCCAACUCGAUUGACCCUAUCUACGAUGAAGAGAUAACAAGCAAGAAGAGCGAAAGUGUCGUGAGGGAGACCAUAGACAAGUGGAAUAGUUAUCACAUGGUCAGGAGCUUGAUCACUUUGCCGGUCUUUGCUGGUUACGUCAUGUACUUGGCCAGCGGUCACAAGAAGUUCUGGUGAGGGCUUGAGACUCCUGGCGCGAAAUUGUAAACAAUUGUAUAACCUUGUAGCUUUUGUUUUUAAUAGACCAGCCCUCAUCUUGUGUAGUGAUACUGAUGAUUUUUUUGAUGGUAAAAUACGUUGCCAUGGGAACCCUAAAAUCAUUUAAAUAUUCUACUUUUUAGUACAAACGAACAGACGAACAAACAUAGAACAAGUAACAGAUGUCAAAAACUACCGGCACCUUACCAACGACUUAUUCAGGACGCAAACAAAACUGGCAAGCAAGACCCAAACAGACCAACUUAAUUUGACUAACAAUAAUUGACGGAUCAAAACUUAUUUGAACCGACCAAUGACUCCUGACAAACUUUACACAAGUCUUUCAGCCAAUUCCGUCAUGGCUAAACUGAACAAUCAUUUUCACAGACCAGACUUAUAACAUCAUCAACUAACAAACACUAUUCACUUGACUCUGAAGAUGACUUCCGCUCGGAUUGUGGCAGUGUCAGUCACCAACACAAGUUCUUUUCAGAACUACCCUCACCCAGAUGAUCACAUAAGAUGAACUGCUGAUACUCCUGGGUUCAAACCAUUUACUAUCAUACUACUAAUUGUUGUCUAAACAUAUAUUUAAGCGAUUUUAAGAAACAACACAACGUUUUUUAAAUACAUGUUUCAACAGAAUCUUCUGUCAUCUUCAGUGGGAAAAGCCUACACUAAAUCAUCAACUUUAUCAUGUUAAUUUUAAACUUUCUCUGUAAUAUUUUGCAUUGUCUUGUUUCCUUUUGUUCUUAUAUUCAAUUACCAUUUUGCUUACACUUAUAUAUUCAACUCUGUACUUUGUAAUUUAAACUGAAGAUGACAGAAGAUCCUGUGGAAACAUGUAUUUAAAAAAAUGUGUUGUUUCUUAAAAUUUCAACAUGUCUGCUACUAUCCAGACCAGUUAGGAUUCUUUUUAUGUUUAAUUUAUUAUUUUUAUAUUGGAAGUAGAUAAAUCAAAUUUUGGCCAAUUUUCCCAAAAUGUUGUUAGAGGAAGUCUCAGAGCCACCGUAGAAUUUUCAAAUUUUUUAGGGUGACUCAAUGAACUUGACAUAUAACCAAGUAGUUUUUGUGCAGUAAACUCCUAAAUUGCACUCAGCCUGGGUAUAAUGAUGUCUACUACAGUCGCUAAGUGUAACUUCAGUAUCCAGUGGUCAUUAUGUGGCCAUCCCCUGUUAAGUGGGAAGUCAUCACAGCCCUGAAAUUAUUGUCUAUGAAAUACUGUAAGCAAAACCCCUAUAAACUAGUGGAUGGGGGUUUUCUAUUUUCCUUAUCCCUAUUAAGCAGCCUGACCCAAAAUAGUUUGGCUGUUUUGGAAAACAUGAUGACAGAUAAGAAUCCGAAAUAGAAAAAGAUCACUGAUAAAAUUAUUUGAACACACAUUUACUAUUGUCAUUGCGUGAUUCCAUGUUGCCUUAUCGCUCGUUAAUUUGUAUUUGAAUGAAUUGAGGUUUUUACUAAGCCUCUUGCUAGUUCCUGAUAAACCUCUACUCAGCAGCCUCCUCCCAUUUCCUAGAGGAUGGCUGCUUUUAAUAGAGGUUCAGCUGUACAGCUGCUUCCAUCAAUACCAUAUAUUAAUUUACCAGCCAAGCUAUUUUUUCAGACAUUUGGUCUUGAAUUGGCCAAAAAUGUUUCAAACAAAGGGUUUGAGAGCCGAGAGUUUGAUUGUAUUCUCUCUCUGGUGCAUGUGUCAAGGACUUAGCCUGCUGCUCCCUUGCAGUAUCUGAACAUUUUGUUUUACUUUACUCAUAUUUUAAUAGGUGUUUUCUUGCCCAUAAGUGGCAUAGUUUUCUGAGAGCUGGAUUAUUGUUUGAGUGAUGUAAAAGUGGCAGACCAGUGAUGAGAGCUGCAAGAAUCAUUAUAGACUGAUGUUCCCUAAGGACAAACAAGUGACUAUAGUUUAAUAUCAUAGUAUAGUAGUCCUCCAAUCACAUGUAUGUUCGCCGGGGUGUUCUGAUUAGUGGCCCUAAAAUACAGGGUGGCUAAUCUCCAACUAUUUGUUGACAGACUAUAAAUGCAAUUGUGAAUGUUA